AUGGGUUUCUAUUCAACAGUGGCCGUCGCUGCCCGAUCGCGGCCGUUUGGCAGCCUCAGGCUCGCUGCUCGCUCACACAGCGUGCGGGGGAUGGGCACGUUUGCCAGCUUCAGGAUUCCUCCAGUCAACAAUGAGCCGAACAAACACUAUGCGCCUGGAUCGCCCGACCGGAAAGGCCUGCAAGAUGCCCUCGCCAGGGUUAAGCAGGCAGCGCCGCUUAACAUUCCUUUGGUGAUUGGGGGGAAGGAGGUCAAAAGCUCUGGCACUUUGACACAACCAAAUCCGUCUACACGCAGUCCGCUGGCCACCUACUCCAACGCGACCAAGGAGGAUGUCAAGGCCGCGAUCGACGCUGCCCUGACAGCGCGGAAAUCGUGGGCAGCAACCCCCUUCGCAGACCGCGCCAGCAUCUUCCUUAAGGCGGCCGAUCUGAUCUCCACCAAGUAUCGCUACGACCUCAUGGCCCUGACGAUGGCUGGCCAGGGCAAGAAUGCCUGGCAGGCCGAGAUCGAUGCGGCGGCCGAGCUAUUUGGCGUGAAAUAUGCCGCAGAACUGUAUGCGCAGCAGCCAGAACACCAUUCCCCGGGUGUCUGGAACCGUCUGGAAUACCGCCCCCUCGAAGGCUUCGUCUACGCCAUCAGCCCGUUCAACUUCACCGCCAUCGGAGGGAACCUCGCGGGCGCCCCGGCCCUGGUGGGCAACGUCGUCAUCUGGAAGCCCUCGCCCUCCGCCAUCGCGUCCGGCCAUCUCGUCCACCAGAUCCUGCUGGAGGCGGGCCUGCCCCCCAACGUCAUCCAGUUCGUGCCCGGCGACGCGGUCGACGUGACCAAGACGGUGCUGAACCACCCCGAAUUCGCGGCUCUGCACUUCACCGGCAGCACCAGCGUGUUCCGCGAGCUGUACGGCCGCAUCGCCAGCGGCGUGGCCGAGGGCAAGUACCGCAGCUACCCGCGCAUCGUCGGCGAAACAGGCGGCAAGAACUUCCACCUCAUCCACAAGAGCGCCGACAUCCGGAAUGCCGUGGUGCAGACUGUCCGGGGCGCAUUCGAAUUCCAGGGCCAGAAAUGCAGCGCCACCUCUCGCGUCUACGUCGCAGCGUCUGUGGCCGAUGAGUUCCAGAAGCAGCUCGUGGACGAGGUGAAGCAGAUCAAGGUGGGCGACCCGUCCGACUUCACCAACUUCUGCGGCCCCGUCAUCCACGAGGCAGCCUUCAACAAGCUGGCGCGGGUCAUCGACGACGCGAAGAAGGACCCGGAGCUGGAGCUGCUGGCCGGCGGUAGCUACGACUCGUCGCAGGGCUGGUUCAUCCAGCCGACCAUCUACCGGACGCAGAACCCGAACCACCCGCUGCUCUCGCGCGAGCUGUUCGGCCCGAUCCUGACGCUGUACGUCUACGACGACGCCUCCGACUCGGGCUUCGCCGACGUCUGCGCCCUGAUCGAGCAGACGAGCGAGUACGGGCUGACGGGGUCGGUGUUCGCGCAGGACCGCGCUGCGAUCCGCUUCGCCGAGGACGCGCUGCGCAACGCCGCCGGCAAUUUCUACAUCAACUGCAAGAGCACCGGCGCCGUCGUCGGCCAGCAGCCGUUUGGCGGGUCGCGGGCCAGCGGCACCAACGAUAAAGCCGGCAGCGCGAACCUGUUGGCGCGGUUCGUGAGCCUGCGGUCUGUCAAAGAGGAGUUUUUCCCGACGUAUAAGGUCGGGUAUCCGAGUAAUGAGCCAUAG